AUGAACAUCCUCUCCAGACUCCCCAUUCGAAGCAUCAUCAAGUCGAAGCUUGUGCGCAGGGCAUUCCGCGACAUGCUCGACUCUCGUGAUUUCCGUCUUCCUAAAUCCAACCCACGCCUCAUUCUGUCUCGAUUCCCAAGGUCCACAUUCUACCGAAUCUGCGAAAUCAACGGCAGAGACGCCGCCCCCGAGCUGGUGGUCGAGCUCCCCAUUCCCGGCACGGAGGCCGCACAUGCCUCAGUCGACGGCUUGAUCUUCAUCGUCUGCAAAGUUCUCCCUCGCUUCAUUAUACGUAAUCCCAUCACCCGUGAAUUCUUCAAACUCUCCGCUCCUUUCGGUCAAAGCUACAGCUACGACGCAGAAAAAUACAAGUUCGGAUUUGGAGUGAGCGGUGCAUCUCGCCGGUAUAAGGUGGUUCGGAUCUGCGGAUCCGAAUGUCUGGUAUACACCCUAGGUUCGGGACGGUGGAGGGCAGUCGGAGUAGGAGCUGUGGCUCCGCCUUUGCUUCGGAGUAGGUGCGAUUGGUUCUCUGAACCUGCAUUUCUGGGUGGGAAUCUCCACUGGCUUGACAGUGAAACCAAUGUUAUUUGCUUUGAUCUCGAAACCGAGGUCUUAACCUACUUCUCCGCUCCUCCUCACCAGCAUCGGAGCAAGGACGAUCGUUGUUUCCGGAGGGUGUCUGCUUUGGAUGAUUGCCUUUGUUUGACCGAACUCCACUGCGGUGCGUUGGAUGACGUUGAGAUCGACAUCUGGUUUAUGAGAAAUGGGAGGGAUUGGAGUAAGGAACGUGUGAUCGUGUGGGAAGGUCACGGUUCAUAUAUAUUUCAUUGUUUUCCAGUCAAAGUGUUUGAAGAUGGUGACGUUGCUGUGGGUCGAGCCUAUGAUGCGUUACUGCAAGGCGGAAGGUGGAGGACGGUGUCGUUUAACUCAUUCUUAUAG